AAGCUACUCCACCCCCCUCACCCCCAGCCACUGCCACACUCCUCAUAUUAACCAGUGAAAUUCAUACAAUGCUCCAUGACAUCACAACCCCUUCGGCUUAAAGAUGGACACCCAACUAUCUUUGGUGAUACUUAUUUUCUUUUGACACCCUCGCCUUGUAGCUUCCUAUGCUACAAACCCUCCAAGCCAAGAGACAAGCCCAGCUCUACCUGCACUCCUCGUUCCUCGUCCACUCUUCUCUGAGAAAACAGCAGGACUGCACAUUAGAUCCCCUGUGGCUGAAACCGCUGCUAAUUGAUUCAGCUGAGAGAAGACCUGUAUCUGGAUCAACUGAGAGUAAAGAAACUCUGAUUUCAGGCUAGCAUACCACAAAAAUAUCAAGUUUAUUGAAGUCCCCUGAAACUCGGCCACUGAAAUGAUGUCCUACAUUAAACAACCUCAUUAUGCAGUCAAUGGACUUACUCUAGCUGGUACUGGAAUGGACCUUCUGCACUCAGCUGUAGGAUACCCAACAACCCCACGGAAACAAAGAAGAGAGAGAACAACUUUUACCAGGGCCCAGCUGGAUAUUUUGGAAGCCCUCUUUGCUAAAACACGCUACCCUGACAUUUUCAUGAGGGAGGAGGUGGCUCUAAAGAUAAAUCUACCAGAGUCCCGAGUGCAGGUCUGGUUUAAAAAUAGAAGGGCAAAAUGUCGCCAGCAACAACAGCAGAGCACCGGACAAGCUAAGCCUCGACCAGCUAAGAAGAAAACUUCCCCUGCCAGGGAGACCAAUUCAGAGGCAAGCACCAAUGGGCAGUACAGUCCUCCUCCUCCUGGCACUGCAGUUACCCCUAGUUCCACAGCUAGUGCAACAGUGUCCAUAUGGAGUCCAGCCUCCAUAUCCCCCAUUCCUGAUCCUCUCUCUGCUGCGACUACUCCCUGCAUGCAGAGGUCAGCUGGCUAUCCAAUGACCUAUAGUCAGGCCCCUGCUUAUACUCAGAGCUAUGGAGGAUCUUCAUCUUAUUUCACAGGGCUGGACUGUGGAUCCUAUCUAUCUCCUAUGCACCCACAGCUCUCAGCUCCUGGUGCCACAUUGAGCCCAAUUGCCACGCCUACGAUGGGUAGCCACCUUAGCCAAUCUCCGGCAUCCCUUUCCGCCCAGGGAUAUGGAGCUUCCAGUCUUGGCUUCACCUCAGUGGAUUGCUUAGACUACAAAGACCAAACUGCUUCCUGGAAGCUAAACUUCAAUGCCACUGACUGCCUUGAUUAUAAAGACCAGAGCUCAUGGAAAUUUCAGGUCUUGUAGAUAUGACUGAAGUCCAAGCCUCAUUUUCAUCAUCCUCAACUUCAGUAUAAACUGUGCUUCAUAUUUCAGCUUUACAAGAGUGGCUUGACUGGAUAUCUAACGAUGGAACAAACACAAAAACAUUAAUAACUUUAUAUCUUUAUGCCAUUAACUCUUUUAGAACAAAUUGCCUGUACAACUCCACAGUUUGAAACCACACAAAUGUCUGUAAAAACACAGCACACCAAGCUUAUUUUCUUUUUUAAUCUGAAAAACAUAAAGUUUUGAUAAAAUGACAACAAAUGUAGGGGAGAUCAUUUUAAAAGCACUUUGGCCUGAGGAAGCUAUGAUAACAGUUCCUUACUCCCCUAUCUUGUUGUUGAUUGGGAAAUUUGUUGUGAUAAAAUAAUCAGGUUUUUGGCAUUAAACCUGUUUUGCUGCACAUUUUGCUUACUCUGCCCUAGCCACCAAAGAUAAUUCAGUAAUCUCUGGAGUAAAAGUGUUCUCCAGAUAUCUACCAAAGUUUCAAAAUGAGAUGUGACUCAACACAGCCAUUCCUUAUCUUUCCAAUUUCUUAACCCUUAUAAUGCAUAUUUGAACUUUAAUUUAAAUUGAUAUCUGAUAACGCACAGAAGUUCAUCAGGUGCAUAUGAGCCACCUACUGCAAAACCUGUAUUUAAAGCCCCCCUACCAACAGUGAAAAAGAAUGAAAAGUAAUCUGCUCUGUUCAGUUUAGGACACAAUGCCUGAAAGGCACAACCUUCUGCAGAUUCUGAAAUCCAAUCAAGCUAAACAAUAGCAGGCUCCUCAUGUACCAGAGCUAACACAAUCACUGUAGUUCAUUACAAGCAUUGUUCAUUUAUUUGAACAAGCAUAAACUUGAGACUCACAACUAACCAAUGAUAUUUUUGAAUGGAGUUAAUUUAUUUUAUAAAAGGUUUCUACCUAUCCACCGCUGUAUGAUUUGUCAUACCAUGGAAUACUAUAAAUGAGAAGUGUUUUUCUGUGUUGUGCUUUAGUCUUUGUGUUAACUAGCAAAGUUCUAUAUAGGGGUUUAUGUCUGUCCCAGCAAAUCAGUACAAACUUUCUUUUAGUUCUGUAAUAUUAAUUAAUUAAUGUUAUGACAAAAAAUAUAAAUGUGCAAAAUAUUAAAAUUAUUGUGUUAAACCACAA